GAGCGGAGAAGAGAAGAAAGCAGCAGUAGGAGCAGCAGCAGCAGCAUCAUCAGCAACUUCAUCAUCAGCAGCAGCAACAUCAUCAUCAGCAACAACAACAUCAUCAGCAGCAGCAACAUCAGCAGCGGCAACUUCAUCAUCAGUAGCGGCAACAGCAGCAACUUCAUAAGCACCCUCAUCAGCAGAAACUUCAUCAUCAGCACCAUCAUCAGCAGCAACUUCAUCAGCAGCGGUGGUCAUCCCCAACGUGGUGUGGUGUUGCCGCACCGCGGCCGCGAUUUCUCCGCUGCGUGGAGGAGGAGUAGGAGCGCGCACAGCCGAUGGCGCGACUGCCCCCGUUCAAGGGGUUUCGCUCGCUGAGGGAUCACCCCUUGUGGGACGACGCCCAGCAGCAGAUGUUCGCCGACUGGCCGAGCGGUUUUGACGACACGACCUUCUGGGGCCCGGAAUUUGGGUUCGACUCCCUGCCCGAGUGGGCGCAGCAGAGGAGGAGCGCGGCAGGGAGGGGCGGCGCUGGCGCCGGCGCGGGGCCGAGCGAGGCGCGGCGGCCCGGCUCCGGCGUCUCCGAGCACGACGAGGAUGCGUCUGAUCCUGAGCAGCAGCAGCAGCAGCCCCGGGAGUGCGGCCGCCACUCCCCGUUCCCGCCCGACUUCGGCCCCUCGCUAUGGGCGCGGCGCGCCGCGAGCAGCCCCCAGCCCCCGGGCCGACCCAUGACCCCCGACGAGGACCCCAUGGUCACGAGGUCGCGCUCGCCCGCCCACGGGCCGCUGCACUCGAGGCUGCACGACGGUGCGCAGCACAAGCUGCACCCCUCUUCCUUCCCGUCGCUGCGACGGAGCGACGCGUGGCCGGACGAGGUUGGCGGCAGGGGGCCGGCGGCGGCCUCCAAGGGGGCCCGCGGCAGCAGCCCCAUGGAGACCGACGCGGGCGCGGGGGCCGCGGGGAGCUGCGGGAGGGCGGCAGAGAGGGUGGUGCCGAUCCGCGUGCUGGGACGGCGCCAGGCGUCGCCUCCGGUCGCUCGCUCGCCCGUGGGGGCCGCCGGCGGGAGGAACGUGGCGGGCGAGAGCAUGGAGACCGAGGGCGUGGACGUGCCGGCGGGGCGGGCGCAGGCGGCGGAGAAGACUGACGGCGGGGACGGCGGCGGGGACGGCGGCGGGGAUGGCGACGACAGCAGGGAGAGAGGAGCGCGGUGGGCGGUGGACGCCAUGCACCUGGCCAGGCAGCCCCAGGCCCACACUGCUCUCCACUCCAAAGUCCGGGCCCAGCCCGCGGAGGACGCCGAGGGAGCGGUGGACGGGUGCCCGGCCGACAGCGUGGCACAGCCGGAGGUGGGGAUGAGGGUGGAAGCGGUGGCGCCGAUUCCGCUGCCACCGCCGCAGCAACCGAAGCAGCAGCAACAGCCGGCGCCCAGCUCGGACGUGGGCACCGAGCGGCGUGAAGCGACGCCGCCACCACCGCCGCCGCCGCCGCCGCCGCCCCUACCGCAGGCCUGGCUGGUCCCUGGGCCUGCUGCCGGCGCACAGGCGCCUCCGAGCGUGACGCCAGCAGCCAAGGCGGCGCCCGUGGGCAAAGCGACUCCCGCUGGCGCCUCGGCAGCCAAGGUGGCCUCGGCGGUGAAGGCUGCCGCUGCCGCCAAAGUGGCCACGCCGGCGCCCGGCGUGGCGUCUGUCCCGCAGGCUGGCCUGCCGCCACCCGAGCAAGUGGCAUCCAAGCAGAGGGUGCCUGAAUAUGCGGUGCCUGAGCAGAUGCCUCCACAGAGGAUGCCCGAGCAGCAGAUGCCCGAGCAGCAGAUGCCUCAACAGCAAAUGUCUCAGCAGAUGCCUCAACAGCAGAUGCCUCAACAGCAGAUGCCUCAACAGCAGAUGCCUGAGCAGAAGAUGCCUCAACAGAAGAUGCCUCCACAGAGGAUGCCCGAGCAGCAGAUGCCUCAGCAGCAGAUGCCUCAGCAGCAGAUGCCUCAACAGCAGAUGCCUCAACAGCAGAUGCCUCAACAGAAGAUGCCUCAACAGCAGAUGCCUCAACAGAAGAUGCCUCAGCAGAAAAUGCCUGAGCAGAAGAUACCUCAGCAGAUGAUGGCUGAGCAGAAGAUUCCUCAGCAGAAGAUGCCUCAACAAAUGCCCGAGCAGAAAAUGCCUCAACAGAAGAUGCCUGAGAAUAAGAUUCCUCAGCAGAUGCCUGAGCAGAAGAUGUCUCAACAGAAGAUGCCUGAGAAUAAGAUGCCUCAGCAGAUGCCUCAGCAGAUGCCCGCGCAGAAGACGCCUCAGCAGAAGAUGCCUCAACAGAACGCGCCCGAGGAGAUAGCUGCUGAGCAGAAGCAUCCCGAGCCGAAGAUGCCGGAGCACCCGGGCCUGCGGCGGAUCGCGGAGGUGGAGGCGGCGGCGCAGCGUCUGGAGCGCGACGUGGAGGCCUUCUCGGGCCGGCGCGGCGAGCGCAGCUUCCUGCUGCUCGAGGAGCUGCUCACCAAAGAGCUGCUGCGGCUCGACUCGGUGGAGCCGGCGGGCGACGAGGUGGUGCGGCGCGCUCGCAAGGAGGGCGUCCGGCGCGUGCAGCGCGCCCUCGACGCGCUCGAGCGGCGCGCGGCCGCCGCGGAGUCCCCCGGCGGCGCCGGCGGACGGAGCGCCGAGAACGGCGAAGUGGAGAUGGCGGUGGCCGGCGCCGGCGCCGUGACGGCCGAGCGGAGCCCCCGGGGGGAGUCGUGCGGGGUGGCCCCGGGGGCGGCGGAGCCCAUGGAUGUUUGGUGCGCGGGCGGCGGCGGCGGCGGCUCCGAGCACGACGACGAUUCCAUGCGGAUCUCAAACGUAGACUUGGACGAAGGCGGCGGCACGGGGAGCAGCGCGCAGGCCCGGGCAGGGACUGCAUCCCGCGGAGCGGUUUAAGGGAUAAUGGACUAAGGGGGGGGGGGGGGGGGGCUUUGGUGACCACAUCGCAGACUGUGGGGCUCUAUCUCGGCGUAGGUGCGAGGCUGUCGAUUAAAAUGCUGGUUUAGUUCCACGCUGCCACCAAACACACCAACGGUGGUUUUGUGGGAAGCACUGUACUGUCUUAUGCAAUCAAAUGUAAAUUCAUGCAAUUUGACCUCGCAGUACCGCGUUAAACGGUUUCUUUUGCUCGGCAGACCUGAGAAAUUACGUUGGGUUUUUACUAAAUUGGCAGCCUCAUUUUACAAAUGAUGAGAUCAGAGGGUGUUGUAAGGCCGACUGUUCGGGCUUGCUUUGGUAAUUACUAACCUUAAGUCACUAAGUAGCUGUGGGAAUGUGGUGGCUCGGGAGUCUGAGCAAACAGUUGAUAAUCCUGGAUUAAAAUCCAGGUAGCCACUUAUGAUGAAGCCUGAUUUGCAAGUGUCGUGAGUGAAUGAUUUCGGGCUGGUCACCAACUACUGGCACAAAAAGCCAUUGCAUCAAAUUUGGUUUUGCACUUCAGCUAAAUUCCAUCUCUGAAAGUGAAAAUGGUUUGACCUCCACACCACAAACAUUAUUACCCUUACUCAGUGGAUGUGGGCAAAGUGCUGCCCACCACUCUGCGGAACACUCGGAUCACAUGAUCUCAGAGGUAGCUCUGUGACAUUAACUUCUGCGGGGCGUUCUCGAACAAAGGGUUGCACUGCACUGUCAGAGCAUCGAAUGGAUACUCUGGCUCGAUAUGAUGCCACCAGCGAAAUCUAAAAUAGACGAAAAAAAUUUUUGGGUAAAAUCCAAAGAAAUAGAUGAAUCUGUGAAAAUAUAAUAUAAUAUUGCACUCAGUGUUACCUGGUUAACCCAGCCAUAUCGUAUAUGAUCCUUGACAGAUAUUUCACGUGUCAAGACCACUUGAGUUGGCAUAACUUUUCGCAUUUCCAAUUUCUUUACAUGGCCAAUAUCAAAGUGAAUUAUGCGAUAACCAUUUGAAACGAGUCGGGUUAUGAAGUAAUUCACUCACGUCAGCCCUAUAAAUACUUCGGUAUCACCAAAGUUUUGCCACCUUAGGCCAAUUCCGGCGCUCUUUCAUGCACAGUAGCAGGGAAAAUAAGGGUGUAAACGUGAGGGCGUCGCAUUGUUCCUUCCUAACCUGGAGGUUGAGCCGACGGCCACCAAUACAAUAGAAUACCACGAAUCCGCUUUACUAACCUUUAUACCACGAUAUGGAUACUUGUUAAUGUCGUGAAUGACUGACCGAUCAGGAGUAUAUGUGCUGUAUGUAUGUUCAAUGCAUCCAAUGCUGCCGGCGAAACCGCACUGCACUGAAUUCCUAACACGUGGAAGGACUGCGUUGUGUGCGGCAUGCACGCCGCACGCGGCGAGUGCGAAGCCAUUUUGUCAUUCUCCGUGUGAGAAAAAAAUGUACACGUGGUUUUUAGGAUUUAAAGUUUUAACGUUUUCCAAAAAGUUAACCGAACGACGUUUUAAUCCCGAACGGGAAAUAAUCCCGAAGUGAUAAUUGAUUUUGCGCCGCAACAUUGGCACAGCCGGGGAGAGAACUACCCUCCCCCCCCCCCCCCUGCAUGGGAACGAUGCGGGAAGUAAUUAAAGGUGAUGUUGAUCUUCCCCAACACGCUCCGCAUACUGUGGAAUGGUUGUGCCAUUGCUGCACUAUCUGUACAACAUUUUGUGAUUCGAAGGGAAAAGUCGAUUAACAUUGACCUGCGCUGUACGUCAGCACGUAUGUAGAACUUCUUUCGCACCGUACGUAGCCAACCGUGCUAAUCUGAAGUGUGGGGGAAGGACAACAAACUAAACACAAACAGCAGUUCUAACGAAAUUUGUGUCCGUGCAUUUAUGCCGACAAUAUUGCACUUUGUACAUUUAAUCCACUGCUGUAUGAAGACCUCCUCAAGUCUCGUCAGCCUUUGCAGUUGUUUGACAUGACUACUAGCCUCGUGUUGGAUGAAGAUCUCCCUCCGGCUCUGUCCAUUAUGGUUGUUUGACCAUACUUCACCAUGCUGGCCAGUGCAUGAUGGUGAAGUGGGGCGGGUGGGGGGGGUGUGGAGAUUCAGAUUUAAUUCGGCACGGAUGUUUGCCGUGACCAGGAAUCGAACUCGGGGAAGCCGGGUUCGCAGCGCAUUGUGCAAACUUACUGUGCCACCACUUCCCUGGAGAUUUUCCACGUGGCCGGGUUCAUCGGGUUGUGUGUUCGGUGAACGCUGCGUGCCAUGGUGGAACUUGGACGUGAUGGUCACGUGGUGCACCAAUAAUCACAUGGUGUGGCUUCAGAGCCUGCUGGGCGUCUGUGAAAAAGAGCUAAAUAUUCUGAUUCUGGGAUAUUGGCUUUGUGCCAUCCCUACCCUGUUAGGAUGCCGGUUCACUCAUCGCAUCGCUCCAACGUUCAACCGAGCGGGUAUAGUGGUGGCACGUCAACGUUACACCCCGUGACACCACUUAGGCGUCAUUGACCAUUACGUUCGGUUGAGCGAUCCAGGGUGAUGCCAAGUUAACACCUUGGUGAAGAAACGCCAGUCCUUGCGUGUGUACGUAACAUAAAUGAAAUAUUGUAUAUACACAUGCAGUAUUAUUUAUAUGAAUGUAAUGAUGUAGAUGUUAUAAAUGCUUUGUUGUUGCAAGUGCAUUAUUAAAGUCACAAACAUCAUG